AUGGAUGCGUUAUUAGCGAGGCAUUGCUGGAAUCUUCUUGUAGCAGCCGCCCACAUGCCAGCUCUUGCGCCUGUACCCUCCUUCAACAAUCACCCUCUCAUACGUAACAUGCUCUGCUCUGCUGUGUCCCCCUCACGCGCCCCCCGUGUGAACCCGUGUCAGAUGGACGCCUCAUUGGCCAAUGACCGCCGCGAUCUGCUCGUAGCAGCCGCCCACAAGCAAGCCGUGCUCGCAUGCUCCGACCGACUAGCCACGUCAGCACCGCUCGCCGGCUCCAGAGGCACGCUGGGCGAGGACCUAUCAGCAACCGCCAGCUCACGCCUGCUCGCUGACUGGAUGGCCCUCAACUCCCUCACCUUCCCGGCAGCUUCCUCCUCUUGGUCCCCAGGGGGUAGGGAGGUCCCAAGGGAGAUUCCCGUGCUAUCAGCGUCCCAGUCCCAGCAGCAACACCCGGGGGGGUAUGGGCCGCAUGGGCAAGGGUCGAGUCCCCUUGCUGCUGCCGCUACUGGCAUUGUUGCUGAUGCUGCCUUUGCUCCUGCUGGUGCUACAGGUGCUGGCAGUGCAAGUGCAGGUAGUGGGUGGGGCAGCAGGUGGGUGGUAUCGGUGACGGCAAGUGUGGUGGACCAUGAGGGCACCGUCACCAGCAGCGCUGUGCAUGCCGCCACAGGGGCGCACGUGAGAGUGGCUUUAAGUGCUGCUGGUGGCCAUGGGGAAGGGCAGGGCGGGAGUAGCGGUGGUGCUGUGGGAGGUGGGGAGGUGGGGGAAGAGAGGACGUGGGGAUUGUAUGAGGAAGACACAGAGGAGGAAGAGAAGGAAGAGGAGGAGGAAGAGGAGGAGGAGGAGGAGGAGGAGGAGGAGGAGGAGGAGGAGGAGGAGGAGUGGGAGGAAGAGUGGGAGGAGGAAGAGGAGGAGACAGGGGUGGGGGAUGGACCAUGGCUGGUGUCGCGAUCGCAGGCUGCAGCAGCACUAUUCCCUCCGAGAAAGCGAGUGAGGCGAGAGGUGAGAGGAGGGAUGUGGGUGGUGUCUGGCAGUGGGGCAAGACUGGCAGUGGGGCAAGACUGGCAGUGGGGCAAGACUGGCAGUGGGGCGGGACUGGCAAUGCUCUCCACGUCUGCACCCCUCUGCCACUCUGUGCCAUGCCGUCAGCUCAGUGCUGCGCUCACAUGGGAGGCGGAGCAGGUGAACGAGGAGAUGAUGGACACGAGGGUGGAGGUCAGCCCGCGGGAGACGAGGAGAGCGCACGCCCUGGGCAAGGAUGGCGCUGCAGUGGUGCUGCGCUUCGACAUCCCCUCCGUGGGCGUUCCCUUCCCUCCCCUCCGCCUGCUCGUCCCCGGCUCCUACCCGCACUGCUCGCCCCAGCCAUGGCCCUUCCAAGCCCACCCACACGCCAGAUCCGCCGUGGUUCAAGACGCCAUGGGCCGGUUUACCAGGGCCAUGCGCGCUGCCAAGGGCCCUCUCACGCUCACAGCCAUGGUGAGGGCGUGGAACAAGCAUGCACGGGCGGCAGUCAUGCAAGUGCUUGCGGCAUCUGCUCCCCCGAAUGUGUGCUGGCAUGCUGUGGUUGGCCCGUGGCACGAGUGUGCUGCUGACGUCGCACAUGGCUAG